CGCAUCUGUUUCUGUUGACUUCUUCCAUCUAAAUUGAACGACCAGCCAUGUCCGAUGCAAAUGCUCUGAAAGACCAAGGAAACAAGGCCUUUGCCGCCAAAGAAUGGGACAAGGCGAUUGAUCUCUUCUCUCAGGCUAUUGCGAUUGACCCCAAGAACCAUGUUUUGUGGUCGAACCGAAGUGCAGCCAAGGCAGGCAAGAAAGACUGGCCUGGUGCCCUGGCGGACGCUGAAGAGUGUGUCAAAGUAAACCCUUCGUGGGCCAAGGGUUAUGCUCGAAAGGGUGCUGCCUUGCACGGAUCGAGGAGAUACGACGAUGCUAUUGCCGCCUAUGAGGAGGGUAUCAAGUUAGAAGAUAGCCCUGCCCUGAGGAAGGGUCUCCAGGAAGUCAAGGAUGCAAAGGCUAACGCUGACGCCGACGAGGCAAUGGGUCUCGGCAAGAUGUUCAGCGACCCUAACAUGCUCGCCAAACUCGCUGCCAACCCUCGCACCGCCAAACACCUGGCAGAUCCCGCAUUCGUCCAAAAGCUUCAAAUGAUCCAACAAAACCCUCAAUUGGCCUCAAAUGCUCUCCAAGACCCUCGCAUGAUCGAUGUAUUGGGGGCCAUGAUGGGCAUUGAUAUCCAAGCAACCACCCGUCCCGAAGGCUCCGACGACCUCCCAGAAGGAGUUCAGCAACGUCCUCCUACUCCUCCUCCUGCCGCUUCUUCAUCUUCCAGUAAAACCCCAGAGCCUCCCAAGCCCCAAGAGGAGGACGUUGAGAUGGAGGAUGACUCUGAAGAAGCUCAACAAAAGAAAGAGGCAGAAGCAGAGAAGAAAGCCGGUGCCGAAGCUUACAGGAAACGCGAAUUCGACGAAGCUAUCAAGCGGUUCGAGCGUGCUUGGGAGAUCUACCCUAAGGACAUCACGUUCCUUACCAAUGCUGGAGCUGCUUACUUCGAGAAGGGCGAAUACGACAAGGCCAUCGAGGUAUGCGAGAAAGCAGUGGACGAAGGUCGAUCGAUUCGUGCCGAUUACAAACUAAUCGCCAAAGCAUACGGCCGUGUUGGAACUUCCUAUCAACGCAAGGGCGACCUCGAGAACGCAUUGAAGUACUUCAACAAGUCUCUCACCGAACACCGUACCCCCGAUGUCCUGAACAAACUAAAGGAGGUGGAGAAGGCCAAGGCGGAAGCUGAACGCCUUGCGUAUAUUGAUCCUGAGAAGAGUGCGGCUGCGCGGGAGGAGGGCAAUAACAAGUACAAGGCCGGUGACUUUGCCGGUGCGGUCAAGGACUACACUGAGAGUAUCAAGCGAGAUCCAUCGGAUGCAAGAGGUUACAAUAACCGCGCGGCAGCUUACAUGAAGCUCAUGGCCUUCCCCGAUGCCUUGAAGGAUGCGGAAAAGGCUGUGGAAGUCGAUCCCAAGUUUGUCAAGGCUUACAUCCGCAAGUCCAACAUCCUCUUCUCCAUGCGUGAAUAUACAAAAGCACUGGAGGCUCUCCAAACCGCAACCGAACAGGACGAGACUGGCCAGCACGCGAAGGAGAUUCAACAGUCAGAAUUUAAGGUUCAACAAGCGUUGUUCACUCAGCGUGGAUCGGAAUCCCAAGAGGAGACGCUUGCCAGGGCCAUGCGUGAUCCUGAGGUUGCUAACAUCAUGUCGGACCCGGUCAUGCAGCAGAUUCUCCAGCAAGCCCAGGAAGACCCCAACGCCUUGCAAGAACAUCUUAAGAACCCAGUAGUUCGACAGAAGAUCCAGAAGCUCAUCAACGCUGGCAUUAUCCGCACGCGAUGA